AUGGGUACAGGCAUCGUCGCGAUCUUGCUCAAUGCCUUCUCUGAGCUCUACCCUCGUUACCAUGGCUCGCUGAGAACCCUCAGUAUCGCGUUUUUCGCUCUCAACGUUCUCAUAUUCUCCAUCAUUCUCUUGAUAUCCAUCCUUCGAUACGCACUGUACCCCGCGACAUGGACGCUGAUGCUUCGGCAUCCGGUGCAAUCGCUCUUUCUCGGCACGAUACCCAUGGGAUUUGCUACCAUCGUCAACAUGUUCGCUACUGUUUGCGUACCAGCUUGGGGUGGCUCGACACCGUAUAUUGUGUGGGGCAUGUGGUGGGUCGAUGUUGCACUGAGCGUGGCCUGCUGCCUCUGGCUACCUUUCCAAAUGAUGACGAAACACCAAAACCGCCACGAUAUGAUGACAGCAGCCUGGCUCCUCCCGAUCGUAGCCUGCAUCGUUGCAGCAGCUUCCGGUGGCGUUGUCGCGUCAGUGCUACCUGAACCAAACCACGCCCUAAUCACCAUAGUUACCAGCUAUGUGCUGUGGGGUAUGGGCGUGCCACUAGCACUCGUGGUUAUGGUGAUGUACUUCCACCGUCUCGCCAUUCAUAAUCUUCCAUCUCAGGAAGUAAUCGUCAGUGUCUUCCUGCCUCUUGGACCUAUGGGACAGGGCGGAUACGCCGCUUUGAAACUCGGAAUCCAAGCUUCAAAGACCUUUCCAGAGACGAACACGUUGCAUCCAAUGGCCGGCGAAGUUCUCUACGUACUAGGCUGGAUGACCGCCAUCACGCUAUGGGGCUUUGGCUUGGUAUGGCUAUUCUUCGCUGUCGCGUCAAUCAGUCGGAGCAAGUUCCCUUUCAAUAUGGGUUGGUGGGGCUUUACCUUUCCCAUUGGCGUCUUUACAAUGUCUACCAUUACCAUCGGACAGGAACUGCCAUCCGCAUUCUUCAGGAUUCUGGGUACUGUACUUGGUGCCAGUGUCAUACUUUUGUGGCUACUAGUCGCUGUCGGUACUGUGAAGAACAUCGUGUAUGGCAAUAUGUUCCAAGCGCCGUGCUUGCGCGAGAUGGAGAAGAAAGCGUGUGCAGCGUCUGCUGGAAUGCAACAGCAGGACGUGUGA